CAGGGCCCAAGCACCUGGGCUGCUUCCUUUACUUCUCCCAGACCAUUAGCAGGAACAGGUUCUGGAGCCAAGCAGGCGGCGGCUUUACCUGCACAGCCCCAGCCCCGCUGUAACCGUUUUUAAGUGUACAAGUCAGUGUUCAGUACUGCACGGGUCCAGAACCCUUUCAUCAUGCACAAUUGAAAUUCCUAGCCAUUAAACUCCCCUCUCCCCAUCCUGGCCUCUGAUAACCACCGCUCUGCUUUGUGUUUCUGUGAAUCUGUCCACUCUGUAUAUGUCGUAUACGUGGAAUCCUUCCGUUUCUUUUUUGUGACAGCCUUAUUUCACUGACCUCAUAGGGUUAUUGUGAAGUUAAAAUGAUGUAGGUUAGCCAAUAUGACUUACUCGUCUCCCCCACAUUUCCUUGGGUUAAGAAAAUUCUUUUUAAAGUUAUUUUUUUUUAUUAGGCAGAGCGAGUUCUCAUUCACUGGUUCCCUCCUCAAAUGCCUGCAGCGCUGGGGGUGAGCUUCCCGGGGGCAGGAACUCUAUCCAGGUUUCCCACGUGGGUGGCAGGGACUCAGCUCAGGAGUGCAUUAGCUGGAAGCUGGAUGGCAGCCCCAGCGGGUCGGGCCCUGUGAUCUGGGGCUCCCGCGUCCAUUGCUGGGCUACCUGCCCACUACUGGAUUUUUGAAAAAUGGAACUAUGGUCAGAGUCGACCACAAGGCUUUAAAAAGUCUGCUGGUGGCUAAAAAUGCUCUUGGCUCGCAUCCCUCUGGCAAGACAUACAAGCUCAAAUUUGAACCUGUUGUCCCUAAAUCGCUCCCCGGUUUAUUGACACAAUUUCCACCACCUGGACUUCGUAGCCUCAAGUAUUGAACCUUGUUGAAAGAAAAAAAAAUCGAACUGUAUCAAAAGGCGUAGAUGUAUCUGGUGGAGGCGGCCCAGCGGUUUGUCAGCAAGAUCGCGACCCUAGGAACCUCCCUCCAUCCGUGGGACUGUGCAAAGCCUUUGCACUGUGCAAAUGGGCCCCGAGGCUGGCGGGAGGGGUGGCCCCGCCCCGUCCCGGCUGCUUGGCCCCGCCCCGGCCGCCUGGCCCCGCCCCGGCCGCUUGGCCCCGCCCCGGCCGGCUCUCCGGGCUCGCGCUUGCCCCCGCGCCCGCAUCAGGAUCGGGAAGCAUGGGCGCCGGCUGGGAGCUGGGAGCCGCGGCCAGCCACUCGCUGCUGCUGUGCGCCGCGCUGCUGGCGGCGGGCUGCACGCUGGGCCUGCGCCUGGGUCGCGGGCGGGGGCCGGCGGACCGCGGGGCGCUGGCCUGGCUGUGCUACGACGCCCUGGUGCACUUCGUGCUGAUGUCCUGAGGCCUCGGAAGGAUCAGACUCAACCUUGUCCCAUUGCCUUAACUGGCAACCCAGUGGAUGCGCUUUGUCCAGAAAGUUCCCAGGCCAAGCCAAGGAAGUGGUAUAGAUUUUCCACUAUGGAUAUGCUAAAAAUAAAAAAUUGGCUGGUGAGACUAAAGUGUUGCACAGAAGGCCCUUUUGUCUACUUCUCUUUGGUAGGAAAUGUUGCAGAUUCUGAUGGCUUGAUUGCAUCUUUAUGCACUUCGUGCAGAUCGCCCUGUGCGUGUGUGAGCUGUACGGCGGCUGGAUGACCUUCUUCCCAGACUGGCUGCUUGGGAGCCCCAACCUCAACACCAGCCACUGGCUCUACUUUUGGGUCUAUCUGGUGUUC